AUGGCUCCAGAAAGACGAUCAUUCUCGUUCUGCAUUGUUAUUGUCCUCUCCUUUAUUACUAAAACUUCAUGUCAUGGUGGCAUUCUACCUUGGUUUCACUUUAACAAUGUGAGUGGCGCACGACCAUCGACACCAGCUCCGAUUAGCGUUGAUAAGUUUGGAGCUAAAGGGAUUGAUCAUACAGAUGACACAGAGGCAUUUGAGAAGGCGUGGGCGGAGGCUUGUUCCUCCAACGGAAAGGCGGUUCUUCUGCUGCCGCCCCACCGGAGCUAUUUCGUUAAGCCAGUCACAUUCUCCGGCGCCAAAUGCAAAGCCCACCAUCUUACAAUGCAGAUCCAAGGAACGAUAAUGGCAUUUGAGGAUCCGAAAACCUACCAUUUUCCAAAUGAAAAUAAGGUGCAGGACUGGCUUACCUUUGAGAGCGUUGAGAGCUUGGUGGUUGAAGGUCCUGGAACCAUCAAUGGCAACGGAGAAAAAUGGUGGCAAAGCUCAUGCAAACAAAACAGUAAAACUCAAACGCGGGAGCCCCAUUGCAAUAAGGACGCACCAACUGCUGUGACGUUCAAGAAGUGCAAUAACUUGACGGUGAAUAAUCUGAAUAUCGAAAAGGCACAGCGAAUGCAUGUUACAUUCAAAAAUUGCACGAAUGUUAAAGCUUCCGGACUUAGUAUAAACACAUCAGAGGCUAGUCCCAACACUGAUGGAAUUCACAUUGCAGAAACCAACAAGAUCCACAUUUCAGACUGUCGUAUAAGCACAGGUGAUGAUUGUAUAUCCAUUAUAGGAGGAUCCCGGGAUGUUCAAGCCACAAACAUCACUUGCGGACCAGGCCAUGGAAUCAGCAUUGGUAGCUUGGGAAAAGGCGGAUCCGAAGACCAUGUUUCCGACGUAACAGUGGAUGGAGCUAAGCUAACUGGAACCAUGUAUGGAGUGAGGAUCAAAACAUGGCCGGGAGGGUCAGGGUAUGCAAACAGAAUCAUAUUUCAGAACAUACAGAUGGAGAAUGUGACCGACCCCAUAAUAAUUGACCAAAACUACUGCGACGCUGCAACCAAAGUCACAAAGGGAGAAUGCAAACCACCACCAGUGCAGAAAAAUACAGCAGUUCAAGUGCGUAAUGUUAUGUACCGGAACAUAAAGGGGACGGUUUCUAAGGAUGGCAAAGCCAUAGUAUUCAAUUGCAGCAGCGUUCCUGGUGCAUGUGAGUUGAUUGAUCUGGAAGAUAUUAGACUUGAGAAAGGAGGAGCUGCAGUAUGCAGCAACGUCAAACCGACUUACAGCAGAGUCGAUUUGCCUCUCAAUCGAUGCCCUAACUAA